AUGGGAAAAAGUAAUGCAAAGGAGGUCACUUCUGUGGGUAAAGGUGUGGGAAGUAGUAACAGCUUUGAAGGAAAAGAGAGAAGGGAGAAGAGCGGGAAGGAAAAGGGCCUUGUGAGGUCUGAAAGUGCCAGGUCAUUCCCACGAAUCCCAUCUUCUCCAUCUGUGUUCUUAGGUAUAAGAAAGGGAGAUCACAAAGGGAAGAAGCCCUUGGUAAUUGAUGAUGAUGGAGGCAAUGAAGAUCGUGCAGCGGGAAUCAACUUCUUCAAAUCAUCUAUCAAGACAAUUAAAAAAGCAGUGAAGAUCUUCUUGUUUGAUCAGAAAGUGCAGUUUCAGCUCUUCUACGACGUAGCCAACUUACCAAUAGACACAAAUCGGUUGGAAUGGGAAGCUUUAGGACUAGGAUGA